AUAGUGCACCAGUUUACGUUCAAAUAAACGAUGAAUACGAUCGCGAUAGUGUUGUUUGCAGUUGUCGCGUGCGCGAGCGCAGCGCCGCGCUACCACAAUCACUUCCAUCAUCACCCAUACUCUCACGAUGGCGACGAGGCGAGCUUAGAGAGAUUUAUAGAAAGAGAAAUAUUUGAUACGAGAAGGUUCUGGGAGGAACUGAGGAGAGAGAUGAUGGGUAUAGACAAAAUGAUCGCAGACUUAAACAAGAAUUUCGGGACAUUCCUUUCAAAUGCGAAAAUUGAAGGUAACAAGUAUAAGAUUAGGAUAUUCUUGAAUGGAUUCGAAGAAAAAGAGAUUGCCGUUAAAGCAAAGAAGAGAUUGUUGAUUGUACAAGCCGUGCAUAAAGCAGACGGUGAGCCUGAGAGGAAUUACGUGGACUUGAGAACUUUGCCCGACUACGUUGACAUAAAUGGCAGCUGGACAUUCGAAAAUGGCGUGCUUACUGUUGAAUUCCCGUUAGAGCGAAGCGUUGAAGUAACGGAAGCCACAAUAACUGAAGCACCAGUCACCUUGCUACCAGAACACAGUCGCGAAGAAGUUGAAAGUAAUCCAACAGUGGAAGAGAACCAGGACGCGGACAUUGGAAUUGAGAGAGGAGACUUGGGUAAAGAUAAGAAUAUAUCAACCAAUGAGAUAUCGAGUGGGCAACAAAGCGCUGUCGAAGCAACGACAUACGCAGUAGAUUUGAAAGAUGAAGUAGAACUCGUGCCGAUUCAUCGUAAUAUAUAUUAAAUAAAUAAAACGACAUUAUUCAUGACAAUGUUGUGUAGUAUUUUAUAAUUAAAUAAAAAUAUGUA